AGGCACAUUGCGUAGCUACCACAAACUACAAAAUCAAAAAAUUUCAUCCUCCUUCACACGCCACAAAACACUUCACUCUUCCACACUAGUAGGCCCUUCAAAGGAAUCACUCACUUCUGAAUUCCCAUACUCAAAAAAUCAAAAACAAAUCUUCAAAAUCUUCCAUACUUAACUUUAAUGGCUCUCCAUCUUUCUCUCUCUCAUCAAUCAUGGACUUCUACAGCAAAUUCCAUCACCUCAUCGGAUCUUACCCGUGGAUCAAUCCCCACUACCCGAUUGCCAAGACGGGUCGAAUUUAGUGAGAGUUUCAAGAGUCAAAACCUAGUGAAGAGGAAAGAGAUAAUGAGAGGUCAAAUUAGAGCAAGUUUGGAAACAAUGGGUGCCCAAGUUGAAGACAUUGUUGGGAAAGUUACCCAAGUUAAUAAGGAUACUUUCUGGCCUAUUGUUAAGGCUGCUGGUGAUAAACCGGUUGUUCUUGAUAUGUACACUCAAUGGUGCGGUCCAUGUAAAGCAAUGGCUCCAAAAUUCGAGAAAUUGGCGCAGGAGUAUCUUGAUGUUGUCUUUCUAAAGCUUGAUUGUAACCAGGAAAACAAGCCCUUAGCAAAGGAACUAGGCAUAAAAGUUGUUCCAACUUUCAAAAUUCUGAAGGAUGGCAAUAUCGUGGAAGAAGUGACGGGGGCCAAAUAUGAUACGUUAGUUGCAGCCAUUCAAACCGUUCGAAGUAGCUGAAUGAAAGCAUUCAAGUGUCUUUGUGUGUAUAUAUGCUGAUAAGAUCUUUGUUGCAACUGACUCAGGGGACGGAAAAUGAUCGGCAAUCAGAUGUACUAAGUUUAGCCACUGUAUUUGCCGAGAUUGUUAUCAGAACGAGAGUUGUAAUCGUAUACCUUCAUGAAAAAGAAGAAAAAAAAAAAAGCAGUUCUUAAAUGUUAA